CAGUUAUAAAGGAGAGUGGUUGGCUGGCUUACGAUCCGCGCGCGCUUAUGGCGCUCACUUAAUCAGGAUGAGCUCUGAGAACUCGCUGACAAUGCUGCUGGUGCGACAGAACCCGGAGAACUGGUCUGCGAAAUGAAUACUUCUGAGAGAAACAAUGGAAGCGUCCACGCGAGCAUGACGGCCUCAUUCGGUGUCGUGGACGGCACGCAUAGACGGCCAGAAAUGAGACUCUUGAGUCGUCAGUGAAACGGAGAACUGUUGUCGUUACUGUGUUGCGGUGGAGCCAGCUGCCUGUUCUCGCCUCGAGGCGAGAAGAGGAUCAGACGGGAUCAGUAGACAUCGGAUAGACACCGAUAAAGGACCGGUGUUAUGUUAGUGACAAGGCCUCACCCUCUAGGAGGGCGUAUACUGCUCGCCCUCUUCCUUUUAACGGGGUGUUUCGCUUUGCUGUCACGGGCGGCCGCUUUCCCGGACUGGACCGAUUGUCCCGCGGUUUGCCGAUGCAAGUGGACCUCCGGUAAGAAGUCCGCUUUGUGUCCGGAUGCCGGCCUAACGUCGCUGCCGGCGUCUCUCGAUCCGGACAUGCAGGUGCUCGACUUAUCCGGCAACAAGAUACCUGCUCUAAAAGAGGAAAUAUUCAAACUGGCCGGCCUGGUGAAUCUGCAACGGGUCUUUCUGCGUAAUGCCGGUAUCUACAGUAUCCAUGCGGAUUCUUUCAAAGAUAUGAGGAUACUCAUCGAGAUCGAUCUGUCGGACAAUCACGUGACGGCCUUGGAGCCGAAUACAUUUCUCGGAAACGAGCGCCUGCGCAUUUUGAUACUUAGCGGAAAUCCGCUCGGUACUUUGCGUAAUCUGCAAUUUCCUGUACUACAGCAUCUGAGAAAUUUGGAGCUGCAACGAUGUUCUUUGACUGAAGUACACGGACAGGCCUUUGCCCGACUAACCGGCUUAGAAUUCUUGAAGUUGGAUACUAACCAACUAGAAUAUUUGGAGUCCUCGGUGAUAUCCGGAUUAUCUCGUUUGAAAACCUUAACGCUAGAUGGCAACCGAUGGAGAUGCGACUGCAGACUACGAGAUUUCCGCACCUGGCUUAUUCCCGACGUACCCAGCAAAUUAUACUCCGUGCCACAAAUCUGUUCAGGUCCACCGAGAUUGGAAGGCCGCAGAUGGGAGGAUGUGAAAUCUACGGAAUUUGCUUGUGAACCAAAAGUAUUUGUUCUGGCUAGCAGCAUACAAGAGGAGACCAACGGUAAUCUCAGCUUGGCGUGUCGAACGAGCGGCGAUCCCGAGCCAGAAGUUUGGUGGCAACUAAACGGUGGACCAGUCAAUGCUACCAAAUCGAAUGAUCAACCCUAUAUGGGGACUCUCGUUAUUUACGCAACGUCCGAGGCUGUCAUCCCUUCCAACGACAAGUCUGCGUCCAGAACCAUCGGGGACCGAUGGAGCAACCUGACCGUUUACAACGCCAGCGACAGCGACGCCGGCGAGUAUGCCUGUUUUGCAAAGAAUAUCGCUGGUCUCGCGCGAGACACAGUCAGCGUGGCAAUACCUCGUGUUUAUACGGCCCCGACUCUCUCUCAGAGCGACAACUGGCUGCUCUGGGUAAGUUUGGCUGGAGGCGGCGCGGCUGCCGCUUGUGCUUCCAUCUCGGCCGUGUUGUUGAUUCUUUGUUUGUGCGGUGGAAAUCGACGACACAGUAAACGGGAGAAGGUGAAGCUGCAAGGCAGCAGCAGUUUCGGCGACCAGGAGAAGAAGCUGCUAGACCUGUCCGUGACCACCACCACGACGCCUGGCAAUAGUAACGAUCGUGGCAGCGGUCACAGCAGCAUCGGUGAGGCGUGUAGCACCGGUGACCUCGAGUUAGCGGAGCGCAGUUCUAUUUGCGAUCCUAUGGCUGCGGCCGCAGUCACCGUCGAGCGACUGCGACCCGCGGACAACUCGGUGAACAACAUCCGCGCGGUUCCAUGCACCGCCACGGCCACCGCCAGUGUAUUUCCGCCCCCGCCGCCGGAAUUUACCACCGGUGUGCUGCCGGCUGGGAUCUUCGGCAACAUCUUCAUCUCCGUGUCAUUGCCGCAAGACGCGUCGUCGGAGCGCUGCUAUCCGGAUCUCCUCGACAUCCCCGUCCACGCGGUUAGCGGCGCUACGACCGCCGUUUCGACCAGCGGCAAGACCGCGGCUUUGUCAUCAGCAGCGGCAAUCAACGUUUCUAGCUUCGCCACGCUGCCGCGUCGGGCCUUGCGCUCCACCGAGGUCGCCGCCGGCUCGCCUUACGACAAUAUGGGGCCGCGUAUUACGGCAAACGGCAGUUCCGCGUUCUCGUUAACGGACAUAACAGACAUGGACCUGCGGCUAUCGCCGCCACCACCGCCGCGAAUCAUUCAACCGCCGCAUGAGUUCGUUUCCCUCUAAAACACUAGAUUCUUUUUCACACCGAUCCGUAUUGUCGCGCAAUACUGAUUUCAUAAUCGAUAAUAAUCUGCUAAUAGUGUUAUCCUAAUAUACUGUGGAGCAUCCAUUAAUGGCCGGGUAUUAUUGGAUAACAUCAAUUAGCGUGCGGUAAUAUUAACCGUGUCAGAAAUGGCUCACGAAUCGACUCUUUUGAGAACGCACGCGCUCGCUUCGAACGACUGAUCCGUAUACGCUUCCUCGGUGGAGUUUUAAAGACGUGUCGAAUUAUCCUAACACAUAUUGGUGUUGCAAAUUUGAUAGUGACGUCAAAUUAAGAUCAUAUUGAUUGUAUUGAAGAAUUUUUAUCUCAAUAUUACGCGUUUGUUGGGUCAUCGUGGACAUUACAAAUUUUGCAGCCUCAAAAUAUUGAUCGCAAU